CAGCCCCGCGGGGUGCAAGUGCUGCAGGGGUUAAAGAAGGCAGGGCAGCCAGGCUGACUCCGGGAAAGAGGCGGUGCACUCUGCUGCCCGCCAGCCGGCAGAGAGGGAGCCGGGCAGCAGCGCCCUCCUCCUGCUCAGUUGUUCCCAAUCUUGGCCUUGGGACCAGCUCAGCUCCUCCCGCCAGCUCCUGCUUGGCUGCUUGGACACUCUGCUCACUCACUGCCUUCCUCUUGGCAACCAGCUUCCUGCCAGCCAUCGCUGCUGCCCGGCCACUGCCCACCGCCCCAGUCCUGCAAGCCCCUUGGCCCAGACCCUCACCCUGCCCAGUGAUUCCUCUGCCGGAAAGGUGGCUGCCCCGUGUGUUCCUCCGUCCAGCCAUGAACUGGUGCCCAUCACCAUGGAGAGUGCCCCGAAGAAUGUGGGGGACACGGUGAGUGAUGUCCCCGGGGCUGGGGACAGCCUGGACAGGUGCGAGGAGGCCGGGAGCCGAGGGCGUGUUGGGGGAAGAGUGAACCAGGGAGAAGUAGCCCCCCGGAGUGGAAGCUCUCGGAAGAGCCUGGAGGAAGACGACGGCAUCACCAGAGUCACCCCGAGUCUCCAGCCCCAGCCGCAGCCCACCAGAAACAUGAGCGGAAGCAGGACGGUGGAGGACAGCUGUGAGCUGGACCUGGUGUACGUCACGGAGAGGAUCAUUGCCGUGUCCUUCCCCAGCACGGCCAACGAGGACAACUUCCGCAGCAACCUCCGCCAGGUGGCCCACAUGCUCAAGUCCAAGCAUGGAGGCAGCUACCUGUUGUUUAACCUCUCUGAGCGGAGACCUGACAUCACGAAGCUUCACACCAAGGUCCUGGAAUUCGGCUGGCCUGACCUACACACUCCGGCGCUGGAGAAGAUCUGCAGCGUCUGCAAGGCCAUGGAUACGUGGCUCAACGCUGACCCCCAUAACGUUGUUGUCCUACACAACAAGGGAAACCGAGGCAGGAUCGGUGUGGUCAUUGCGGCUUACAUGCAUUACAGCAACAUCUCUGCCAGUGCGGACCAGGCUCUCGAUCGAUUUGCCAUGAAGCGGUUCUAUGAAGAUAAGAUUGUGCCCAUUGGCCAGCCAUCACAGAGAAGGUAUGUGCAUUACUUCAGCGGCCUGCUCUCCGGCUCCAUCAAAAUGAACAACAAGCCCCUGUUUCUGCACCAUGUGAUCAUGCACGGCAUCCCUAACUUUGAGUCUAAAGGAGGGUGUCGGCCAUUUCUCCGCAUCUACCAAGCCAUGCAACCUGUUUACACCUCUGGCAUCUACAACAUCCCAGGGGACAGCCAGACCAGCAUCUGCAUCACUAUCGAACCAGGCCUGCUCCUGAAGGGAGACAUCUUGCUGAAGUGCUACCACAAGAAGUUCCGCAGCCCAGCCCGGGACGUCAUCUUCCGUGUGCAGUUCCACACCUGUGCCAUUCAUGACUUGGGAGUUGUGUUUGGGAAGGAGGACCUUGAUGAUGCCUUCAAAGAUGAUCGAUUUCCAGAAUAUGGCAAAGUGGAGUUUGUGUUUUCUUACGGGCCAGAGAAAAUUCAAGGCAUGGAGCACCUGGAGAACGGGCCAAGCGUGUCUGUGGACUACAAUACCUCCGACCCCCUCAUCCGCUGGGAUUCCUACGACAACUUCAGUGGGCACCGUGAGGAUGGCAUGGAGGAAGUGGUGGGACACACCCAGGGGCCACUGGAUGGGAGCCUGUAUGCCAAGGUGAAGAAGAAGGAUUCCCUCAACGGCAGCACCGGGGUAGUGGCUGUUACUUGCCCUGCCCUGUCGGCCACACCCAAUCACGUGGAGCACACCCUGUCCGUGAGCAGCGAUUCAGGCAACUCUACAGCUUCCACCAAGACAGACAAGACCGAUGAGCCUGGCCCGGGGGCUGCUGGGGCCCCCACUUCCCUGAGUCCCCAGGAGAAGCAGGAGCUGGACCGCCUGCUCAGUGGCUUUGGCUUAGAGCGAGAGAAACAAGGUGCCAUGUACCACUCACAGCACCUCAGGUCCCGCCCACUUGGGGGCUCGGCUGUGCCUUCCUCCGGCCGCCAUGUUGUUCCAGCCCAGGUUCAUGUCAACGGUGGGACCUUGGCAUCCGAGCGAGAGACAGACAUCCUGGAUGAUGAGCUGCCCAACCAGGAUGGGCACAGUGGAGGCAGUAUGGGAACUCUGUCUUCCCUGGACGGGGUCACCAACAUCAGUGAGGGAGGUUACCCUGAGCCUCUAUCCCCACUCACCAAUGGUCUGGACAAGCCAUACCCCAGGGAACCUCUGGUCAAUGGCGGGGGCUACCCCUAUGAGUCAGCCAGCCGGGCAGCAACUGCCCAUGCCAGCCAUGUGGCCCCCAUGAAACCCUCUUACUCCGCGCAGGAGGGUUUAGCUGGCUACCAGCGUGAGGGGCUCCACCCAGCCUGGCCACAGCCAGUGACCACCUCCCACUAUGGCCAUGACCCCAGUGGCAUGUUCCGCUCUCAGUCCUUUCCGGAUGUGGAGCCCCAGUUGCCCCCUGCUCCAGCCCGUGGUGGCAGCAGUCGGGAGGCUGUACAGAGGGGCUUGAAUUCAUGGCAGCAGCAGCAGCAGCAGCAGCAGCCUCGCCCACCUCCUCGCCAGCUGGAGAGUCUUCCAAGCAACAGACCCAGCCCCCAGCCACUGGCAGAAACCCCCACCCCUGCUCUCCCCGAGUUCCCUAGAGCAGCCUCCCAGCAGGAGAUCGAGCAGUCCAUUGAGACCCUCAAUCUGCUGAUGCUGGACCUGGAGCCCACCACCGCUGCUGCCCCCCUGCACAAGUCACAGAGCGUCCCUGGGGCCUGGCCAGGGGCUUCCCCACUCUCCUCUCAGCCCCUCUCAGGGUCUUCCCGCCAGUCCCAUCCACUCACCCAGUCCAGAUCUGGCUACAUUCCCAGUGGGCAUGCCACCGGAAUCCCCGAGCCUGUGGCUCCUAGCAGGUCUUAUACACCUUAUGAGUAUCAGUCUUGUCCAGCUGGGGCCAACCAGAGUUUCCGUCCAAAGAGCCCAGCUGCCUCCUCCUCGCCUACCUUCACCCACAGCCCUGCAGGGCCUCAGCAGCCCCCGGCCUCUCUCCCUGGCCUCACAGCUCAGCCUCAGCUCCCACCAAAGGAAGCAACUUCAGACCCCUCCCGAACUCCUGAGGAAGAGCCACUGAACCUGGAAGGGCUGGUGGCCCACCGGGUGGCAGGGGUGCAGGCUCGGGAGAGGCAGCCUGCAGAGCCCCCGGCCCCACUCAGGAGGCGGGCAGCCAGCGAUGGACAGUAUGAGAACCAGUCUCCCGAAGCGACAUCCCCCCGCAGCCCUGGGGUCCGCUCUCCUGUCCAGUGCGUCUCCCCCGAGCUGGCUCUCACCAUCGCCCUCAAUCCCGGAGGGCGGCCCAAAGAGCCCCAUCUACACAGCUACAAGGAGGCCUUCGAGGAGAUGGAGGGAGCCUCCCCAACCAGCCCACCACCCAGUGGGGUACGCUCCCCUCCUGGUCUGGCUAAGACGCCCCUGUCUGCUCUGGGCCUGAAGCCCCACAACCCAGCAGACAUCCUGUUGCACCCCACAGGCGAGCCCCGGAGCUAUGUGGAGUCAGUGGCACGGACAGCAGUGGCUGGGCCUCGAGCUCAGGAUGCUGAUCCCAAGAACUUUAGCGCCCCAGCUGCCCAGGCCUACAGCCAUGAGAUGCCCCUGAGGAACGGGACCCUGGGUGGCUCUUUUGUGUCCCCCAGCCCUCUCUCCACCAGCAGCCCCAUCCUCAGUGCUGAUAGCACUUCGGUAGGGAGUUUCCCGUCUGGGGAGAGCAGCGAGCAGGGCCCCCGGACUCCCACCCAGCCCUUGUUGGAUUCCGGCUUCCGCUCUGGCAGCCUGGGGCAGCCCAGCCCUGUGGUACAGAGAAGCUACCAGAGCUCCUCUCCUCUUCCGGGCAUGGGCAGCAGCUACAGCAGCCCCGACUACUCCCUUCAGCAGUUCAACUCCUCUCCAGAAAGCCAGGCCCGGGCUCAGUUCAGCGUGGCCAGUGUGCACCCAGGAUCCGGGAGCCCUCAGACCCGCCACAGGACGGUGGGCACCAACACUCCCCCGAGCCCUGGCUUCGGCAGGCGGGCCGUCAACCCUAGCAUGGCUGCCCCUGGCAGCCCUGGCCUGAGCCACCGCCAAGUGAUGGGGCCAGCGGGCUCUGGUUUCCAUGGUAACACGGUUUCCAGUCACCCAAGCAGUACAGCAACCACUCCCGGGAGCCCCAGCCUGGGUCGGCACCCAGUGGGCACCCACCCGGUUCCAGGCCUCCAUGGCAAUAUGGUGACCACUCCAGGGAGCCCCAGCUUGAGCCGGCACCCUGGCAUGCACCAGGGUCUCCAUGGCAACACACUAGCUAGCCCUGGGAGCCCCAGCCUGGGCCGGCACCUGGGAGGGUCUGGAUCUGCAGUUUCCAGCAGCCCCAGCUUGGACCGGCACACGGCCCAUGGCGGCUACUCCACCCCAGAGGACCGGAGACCCACGCUGUCCCGGCAGAGCAGUGCCUCAGGCUACCAGGCUCCUUCGACGCCCUCCUUCCCCGUCUCCCCGGCCUACUACCCAGGCCUGAGCAGCCCAGCCACGUCACCCUCCCCGGAUUCCGCUGCCUUCCGACAAGGGAGCCCAACACCGGCCUUACCAGAGAAGCGGAGGAUGUCCAUGGGAGACCGGGCGGGCAGCCUGCCCAACUACGCCACCGUCAACGGCAAGGUGUCCUCCUCGCCUGUCACCAGCGGCAUGUCCAGUCCCAGUGCGGGCAGCACCGUCUCCUUCUCCCACACCCUGCCUGACUUCUCCAAAUACUCCAUGCCAGAUAACAGCCCUGAGACUCGGGCUAAAGUGAAGUUUGUCCAGGACACUUCCAAGUAUUGGUACAAGCCUGAGAUCUCCAGGGAGCAGGCCAUUGCACUCCUUAAGGAUCAGGAGCCAGGGGCCUUCAUCAUCCGCGACAGCCACUCCUUCCGAGGGGCCUACGGGCUGGCCAUGAAGGUGUCCUCACCCCCUCCUACCAUCAUGCAGCAGAAUAAAAAAGGAGACAUGACCCACGAGCUGGUGCGGCACUUCCUGAUCGAGACAGGCCCCAGAGGAGUCAAGCUCAAAGGCUGUCCCAAUGAGCCCAACUUUGGAUCCCUGUCGGCCCUGGUCUACCAGCACUCCAUCAUCCCACUGGCUCUGCCCUGCAAGCUGGUCAUCCCAAACCGAGACCCCACAGAUGAAUCGAAAGAUAGCUCCGGCCCUGCUAACUCAACCACUGACCUGCUGAAGCAAGGAGCAGCCUGCAAUGUGCUCUUCAUCAACUCUGUGGACAUGGAGUCACUCACUGGGCCCCAGGCCAUCUCCAAAGCCACAUCUGAGACAUUGGCUGCUGACCCCACGCCAACUGCCACCAUCGUUCACUUCAAGGUCUCUGCCCAGGGAAUCACACUGACUGACAACCAGAGAAAGCUCUUCUUCCGACGACACUAUCCUCUCAACACUGUCACCUUCUGUGACCUGGAUCCACAAGAAAGAAAGUGGAUGAAGACAGAGGGAGGAGCCCCAGCUAAGCUGUUUGGCUUCGUGGCCCGGAAGCAGGGCAGCACCACCGACAACGCCUGCCACCUCUUCGCAGAGCUUGACUCCAACCAGCCUGCCUCCGCCAUUGUCAACUUCGUCUCCAAGGUCAUGCUGAGCGCUGGCCAGAAGAGAUGAGCCUCUGGAGUCCUUGCCUUAGCGCCAGACGGUUGGGGUGGGGCGCGUGGGAGGAGACCCAGGAAUCCUAGCCACCUUGGAUCCAGAGGGAGGACUUGGGGGCCAAUUUUGAGAAGGAGAGAAGAAAGUGCGUGGUUGGGGAGAGGGAAGUGAAGUGCAGAGGGGAAGGGGAGAGGGAGACAGAGAAAGAAUACGAUGGAGAACUCAAGAUUCCCCUGGGUAGAUGGAGACUGCAAAAACCCUAUGCCCCUGCUGGCUACCCCCAAGCCCCCUGCCCCUCCAAGAGAACAGAGUCCCUCAACAGAGGACCCACAGGCCUCCUUGGGAAUCCAUAUUUUAAGGGGUAAUGAAAAAGCUCAGGCUUCUCAACACACCUGCUUUGCAAGGAGAAAUCAAACUGAGAGUCCUUUUUCUAGCCACCUAUAGGGCAGGUUGCUAAAGCAAUCGGCCAACACGGACCAUCCGUGGUGGAACUUUUUCAAGUCUCUUAGACCAGAGCCACCCAGGUCUGCACUGUGUUCCCCUGUAUCGUUGUGGGGUGUGUAUAAUCUUCCCCCACAGCCGCAGACACUGAUUUAUAUCUGCCUCUCUCUGCUAGAAUAUUCCAAACGGCUCCGCAUGCCUGGGUCCCAUGUGUCCACACCCAUGUGCAUUCUGUCCAAAGGGAGUGACAGGUGACAGAACGUGCAGCAUUGUGGGUAGCAGAGCUCCCUCCCUCCUCCCCCUCCCUCUGCUGGUCCCUGCUCCUCCCCUCUGGUAGUUACCCCUCCAGGGUCACCUCUGUCUCUACUGGCAGAGCUGGAGUUGGGUUUGAGGAAGUGGAUACUCAGAGAUUUGGGGAAGAGAUCUGUCAGGAAGGGUGGCUGCUAAACCCCUCCAUCUCCUCUGGGUACGUGGCUCGCAGCCAGUGGGGGCUAGGCUCUCUCUUCAGUGCCCAGGACUUUGCCUUACCCUCACCUCUCAGCCUCCUUUCUCUGCUGGGAGCCCCAACACCAGCCUUAGUUCAGACUUACUCAUUUGCAUGAUGCCUUUUGGGAGCUGGGGACCAAGCCUUUCUGUCCUCCCCUUACAGGGUCCUCAUGUUGGGGUUCAUCCUGUUUCUCAAAGCCCCAUUCAGUGAGAACGCAGGGAGAUACCCCAAGUCCCCAGUCUCCACCCUGGGACACCCAGCCAGGUGCCUGGGGUGGCAUCAGAGGGCCCUGGGGGCUGCCUCCAGAGCACCGUGUGGCCUACCCGCAAUGCCAAAGCCUUGCUGACUCUCCUUUUGCCUUGGUUUCCCCAUGCAAAGCCCUGUUAUCCACCGAGUGUGGGCAGAAGGUAUGCGCUUAGACCAAAGGGCCUAGAAUCCAUCUAGGCAGUUAGGAGCCCCCUGACCACCAUCUUGAGGACUCUUAGCCAGAGGGAACAUUCACUAGGAGUCCAUUCUUAAGCCUAUGGGGGAGGGGUCCUCCAGAGAGAGGCAUUGUAUUGAUAUAUAAAUAUAUAUAAUAUAUAUGUGAGACAUACUGACAGAAUCUGUAAGCUAAUAAACUAUAAGAAAAGGUGACAAAAAAAGGAAAUAGGUAAAUUGACAAGAAGUAUUUAUUGUUUUCCCAUAUUACUUUAUUUGCCUCCCUGGCCAUAAACCAGUUUCAGUAGAAGUAGAGCCUUUAAUAGACACCUUAAUCCCUGGAACAGCCAGAAACCUUCUCCUUGAUUUCCCUAGACUGUGUCUAGGGCUGUAGGGCUCAGUGGUGAAGAGGUACACGUGCCUAACCCUUUUGCCCCUCUCUGUUUUCUGGCAAUCCAGGGGCCCAGCUCUCUGGAUGAGUAGGGCACACACCCUGUGAUCGAAGACCAGAGUGAGUGAGUGGGAUGAGACCCAGAUGUGUGUGGCUGGGGGGGUCGUGUCUAUCUUGUGUGUGUGUGUGUGUGGGGGGGUGUUUCUCCUCCAGGGAGCUGUGUCUGUGUGGGUAUACGAUUUCAGGGAGCUGGGGAGCAUCUCAGAUGGGGAGCAGUGGAAGACUCCUCAAAGGAUAAAACCUUGGGCUUAAUGGCCAACCUCCUCCUCAAGUGUCCUUCCUUCUGAGAUAAUUCAAACCAAUGCCUGAUGGCCCCUCUCUUCAUUUCCCCGCUGGACCCCAGAUUCCUCCUUCUGAGAUGGGAAAUAGGUCCUGUCCCCUUUCUUUGUAAAUAUUGUAUCCGAUGUUGCACAGCCCAGGGGCUCUUCCAGUCAGGGUGUCCUGUACGUGCUUGAAGCUGGGUGGGGUGUCAGGCCCUCUGGAUCUGAGUCUGGGGUCAGAUUUUACACUUGCUUCCACACCAGAGCCCACCAGCAGCCCCCUCCCCGAUGUGAUCAGCCCCUGUACUUCAGGCCUUCACCCCUGGUGAGCUGUGGGAAUAAACCAGGGACAGCGCUGAUCACUUAUUCCCAGCAUGCCUCUGGAGGCCAUGGGAGCCUAAGAGCUUUAGCCUUUCCAGAAGAAUGGUGAGGGAAGGGACCACAGGCCCAUGGAAGCUCCACUUGGGGGACUACACUAUCGCCUGCUGCCCUUCUCCUCUGUCUCACAGGUGGGCCUGCGCAUGUGCACACACAUACGCACAGACUCAUACGUGCACACACACAUGCACACACACCACUCCACACCUGCAGUCUAUUCUUGCCAAAGAUUUUCUUUAAAAGAAAGCACUUUUACUCGUCGUUAUUAUUUUGUCCAUGUUUCAGCACCCCUUCCUUGAUGUGUUUUGCUGUCCUUCCUUGUGGAGUCUGUGUGUCAGCAGGAAGAGUGUUGUCUGAUCAUGAGUGUGGGUCAGGGAUUGAACAGGGUCUGGAAGAAAUGGUGAGAAAGAGCAGGAGAAACAUAGCCAGCUGGAGAGACCGUGACCAGGUGGCAGCAAGGCCAGGAUGUCUGUCCGUCAGGUCUCCGAAGAAAGCCUGGGAGCUUUGUCCUAGCUGCAACCUGGAGACAAGAGGUCAGGGAGGGGCAGCUCUGAUUUGGUAAGGAAUGGGGCCCGGUGUGGUCCUUGUGGCUCUUUCCAGGGGAUCCACAGGGAAGAACUGGGCCUGAGAGUAAUGGAGAGGUAACCUCAGAGGGAAAAUCGGGAGAGGAGCUCUUGGCUCCUUCUCCAGGGGUGGCUGAGACCCUCACCUGCUAGCUCAGCCCUGGGUGUGGGAAAGGCCUUUGCCCUCUCUUCACCCAACCUUCCCUGCACUUCUGAUGGCUGUGGACAUCGAUGGCCAGGAUUCCCGCCCGCUUCCCCUGGGUUUUGAGGGGCUGCUGGUGUGCGGAAACUAGCCAGAAGUGAUGGGGCGGGGGGAGGGGGCUGCGAUCUCUCUGUAAACAUUAACAGGAGAAGAGUAGCAAUUCUUCCACCUUGUUCUGUGGGCCUGAGCAGAGGUAGAACCAGCUCCCUGCACUGGCCAGUGGGGUACAGAGGGACCCCCAAGUGUGAUACAUGGCCCUCCAUCCUUACCUCCUGAGACUCCUUCCCCCUAAUUUUUCCCCCCAGCUUUAGGUCUUGAGGGGAAGUUGGGUAGGGGAAACAACCAUCCCCUCCCCCUCCCCCUAUGUUGGGGGUCCUUGAAAAACAUGGAGGGGGCAGAGUACUAGAGCUGUGCUUUACCUAGCCCCAGGCUUGGGGAUCCUGAGACUUGGGUCAGUGGUAACCUGGGAUGUGCGUGCGCAUGUGUGUGCAAGUGUGACUGUGUGUGCGUGUAUUUUGCUCAUCUCUUUCGAGAACUUAGGGGUGGGGGCCGGACGUGGUAGAUGGUGGAAUGUCACAUUCAGUAGGACACAGCAGCAAGAGGUAUCCAGGUAGGAGGGUCUGGGGCUGUCGGUACAAGCCGGCUCUUCCCAGCGGUGAGGCUGUUUAGAGUGAGUGAUGUCUUGAGUUUGUCUUCCAGUCCACGUUCAUCCCAGGCAAUGCUCUUCUGUGUGUCCACGUUUGGUUUGUGCAUGUGUGUGACCAGCACGUUGGGGUGCGCAUGCUGUGUUCCCCCCCUUCCUUCCCUCCUCUCUGACUCAUUCAAAACAAAUGUAAGCGAUUCCUAAUGUCACAGUCCACCCUUGGAAAAGCAGUCCCUGUCUCCUCCCCCCCCUCCCCCGGCUGUGUAUUUAUAUAGAUGGAAAUGUACUUUAUAUUUUGUAUCGUGGUGACUAUAACCUCUGCCACCUUGUAUAAACCCUGCCGUGUGCGCCUCGUCCAAGACAUGAAUGUAUGUACACUAACGCUCUGCCCGCUCCUGUACAGCGCCUGGUCUCCUGCCAUCUAUUGUACGGCCUUACAAAGAUAAAGCUAAAGACAAAUCCA